AUGCUAUCCGGUAGAGGGGCUGCAAGUAAUAGUAAUGAUAAUAAUACCAGUUCUAAUCAAAGACGGCAAUGGCCUGAAGGCUUCAUGUCAACGGACAAAUUUAUACGGCUUUAUAGAGAUGAUGACCGUCAAUUAAUUCAAAAUUUGGUUAACGAAUAUCUCUUGGGAGGUUCGAAUAAUGUACUUGAUCUUAUUCGACAUUGUCCAACUGAAUAUUUCGAGGCUCUAGUCGAUCUGAUUUGGCACACAGGAUCUCAACCAGUGGAUAGUAAUGAUGAUGAUCUAUUAAUUUAUAAUCAACGUUCUUCUCUUCUCUCAUCAUCACUGACAAAUGUUCAUCGAAAAGGGGCUCGUCGUCGUUUAGCAAUUAUUUUCAUAGAAGUAUUAAAAUUAUUAUCAACACCAGCUGCCAGCGGUGGCAGAUAUGAUCAUCAGCGACAACAUCGCAUCUUUGUUUUUCCUUCUUAUGUUAGCCAAUUGGUUCAUUAUGAACCUGAUAUAUACGGAUUAAGUUGUCUUGCACUUGCUUCAAUCGUUCUUAUCAAUCCAUGCAUAAUUCAUCAUAAAGUAUCAUUUUUAAUUGAUGCUCUGAAAUUCGCAGCCAAUUAUUUUGUUAAAGCAAACCUUUCUUUUGAAACGCCAUCGACAUUUGCUCUUUCUAUUUAUUCAUUGUUCUAUUUAUUGUAUUUACUCUAUCCCAAUAAUCUUCGUCGAGAACUUCAACCAGAAUCGACACAAUCAACUAGUGGCCACGAAAAACCAACGAAUCGAUUGGGUAUUGAACGAGUUUUAUUGCCACUUUGCUACUAUUUUAAAUUUCAACCAAGUAUUGUUUGUGGUAAUGCUGAAUCUGAAAAACAAGAGAAUCGUUGGCAAAAUGAGUCAUGGCAACAAUUAAUCGCAAAUGGUGAUCGUUGCGUCGUAUCUGAUGAUGUAUCGCCAUUGCUAUCAAACGAUUUUAAAAAACGUAAAGAGGAAGAAAUGAGAAAAUCUACAGAUCCAACACGAUAUGACAUUGCUCAAAUUAUUCAAAUGUGCAACGAAUAUACAGAGAGCGUUUUACACCCGAGUGAAGUUAGAAGUCAAAUAGUAAAGAAUACAAUUGAAAAACAAUAUGGCACAAAGCAUUCAACGGAUUGCUAUUCGAAUUGUUCAGACUCGUAUUGUCAAACAUUUGAACAACAAUGGCAAACAACAAUACAAAAUGGGCAAAUGAAUCUUUCACGUUUUCAAACACCUGAUGGGUCAAAUCGACGCCUUAAUGAUAAUAAUAAUUCUACGAAUAGCACAUCAAACAGAAAAGAUCCUUGCUUAAACGAUCCUAUUCAAACUGAUCAUAAUAUACAUGCAAAAGUUGAAUUACAACUGGACAUGUUAGAUUGCAAUUAUGAACAUGACAAACGAGAAUAUUAUGCGCAAUUAAUCAGAGAUUUUCAAAAAACAACGCCAAUUAAUGAAUUAGAUAAAGCAUUAAAAGCGCACGAAAAGCAAUAUACAGAAUUAAUAAGUAUUCACGAAAACAAACGUCCAAUAAUUCAUGAACUUCGUAAACGUAUCAAUGAUUUUCAUCAAAUGAAUGAAGCAUUUUAUAAUUCAUUAUCAGCUACUCAAGUUGAAUUAAAAACAGACGAAGAUGAGCAUUGGCGACAAAAUUGUUUAUUUACUGAAAAAUAUUCGAAAUUAAACAACGAUUUACAUGAAUUAGAACAAACAAAAAUUUCGAUUGAAAAUGAAAUCCGUGAACUUCAACGACGUUCAUUUCAAUCAAAACAAGCAGCUAAAGAAUCUAUUGAAUUACGCGAUACAAUCGACAAAUUAUUUAGUGAUUUAGCUUGUGCAAGAAAAAAACAUCAAUUAUUACAUAAGGCUUUAUUGAAUGUUAAACUCAAACCAAUCGAUGCAGAAAAACUCUAUGUCAUGCAUCAAAACGAAGACGAUCAUGAAAAUCAAGAUUCAUUAACAUUAAAUGAAAAGAAAAGGAAAUUUGAUGAAUAUAAACAAAAACUUACUGAAAAACAAAAGGAAUUGACAAAAAAGCGCAGUGAAUUCAGUCAACUACGAAAUAUGAAUACACAUAAAAUAAAUGUUAUACGUCGGCAAAUCGAUUCAAUACGUAUAUGUCAAACACAAUUGAAUAAAAUGAAUACCACCAAUACUUUCUGUACCUUAGCAUUGGGGGAACUGUGGAAGAGUUUACGAGGAAUUCCUGAGGAUCUGGGUAUGCGUAAAGAACAUAUAGGCCAACAUUCACACCCUGUACAUCUUCAUCUUUGUAUAACACCAAGUUCAGUAUCGUCAAUAUCAUUAGCAUUUAAUGGUAGUGAUAAUAAUAAUAAUAAUAAUAGUAAUAAUACAAAUGAUAAAUCUACAAUGGAUAAUUCAAUUAUAAUUAGUAAUGAUCAAGCAGUGGCGGAUCCAGAAAAUCUGUAA